CGGGGCAGAGUGGGCCGGGUACCGCGCAUGGUCUUAGCGCAUGAGCGCUCCCGGCAGCGACGCGACCUGUGACCAUGGUGGCUGUGCUGGGUGACCGGGGCGUGUUGCGCCUGCGGCUGCUGCUCACAGCGCUGAAGCCCGGGAUCCACGUCCCACGGGCCGGACCCGCGGCCGCGGCCGCGUUCGGCACCUCGGUAACCUCUGCCAAAGUGGCUGUGAAUGGCGUUCAGCUGCAUUACCAGCAGACUGGAGAGGGAGAUCACACAGUCCUGCUACUUCCUGGGAUGUUGGGAAGUGGAGAGACUGAUUUCGGACCUCAGCUCGAGAACCUCAAUAAGAAGCUCUUCACGGUGGUCGCCUGGGAUCCUCGAGGCUACGGACAUUCCAGGCCCCCAGAUCGUGAUUUCCCAGCAGACUUUUUUGAAAGGGAUGCGAAAGAUGCUGUUGACUUGAUGAAGGCGCUGAAGUUUAAGAAGGUUUCUCUGCUGGGGUGGAGUGAUGGGGCCAUAACCGCACUCGUUGCUGCUGCAAAAUAUCCGUCUUACAUCCACAAGAUGGUGAUCUGGGGCGCCAACACCUACGUCACUGACGAAGACAGCAUGAUAUACGAGGGCAUCCGAGAUGUUUCUAAAUGGAGUGAGCGAACAAGAAAGCCUCUAGAAGCCCUCUAUGGGUAUGACUACUUUGCCAGAACCUGUGAAAAGUGGGUGGAUGGCAUAAGACAGUUUAAAAAUCUCCCAGAUGGUAACAUCUGCCGGCACCUGCUGCCCCAGGUCCAGUGCCCCACCUUGAUUGUGCACGGUGAGAAGGAUCCUCUGGUCCCGCGGUUUCAUGCCGACUUCAUUCAUGAGCACGUGAAAGGCUCACGGCUGCAUUUGAUGCCAGAAGGCAAACACAACCUGCAUUUGCGUUUUGCAGAUGAAUUCAACAAGUUAGCAGAAGACUUCCUACAAUGAGAAUGCACACUGGAGUCGGUGGUUCCUUCGUGUGGGGUUUGAUCAUGUUGCUGCCUGUUACCAUGAUACCUUUGAAACUCUCCGCCUUUGAAACUUUCUACCCCUCCCUUCAAUCUUAUCCUAACCAAAUGAGAAUAAUGACAUAUUGAAAACAGCCUCUAGCUUCAGGCUGGGCACCGUGGCUCACAGCUAUAAUCUCAGCACUUUAGGAGGCUGAGGUGGGAGAAUUGCCUGAGCCCAGGAGUUCAAGACCAGCUUGUGCAAUAUAGGGAGACUCCGGCUCUACAAAAAAAAGUUUUUCAAAAUUAGCCAGGCGAAGUGGCACACAUCUGUGGUCCCAGCUGCUCAGGAAGCUGAGGUGGGAGGAUCACUUGAGCCCAAUUCAAAGCUGCAGUGAGCUGUAAUUGCAUCACUGCACUCCAACCUGGGCAACAGAGUAAGACCUUGUCUUUAAAAAA